AUGGCUGACAGGCUGGUUCCCAGUAUCUCUCUCAAAGACUUUGAGAACCGCAAGGGGGAGAUAACAAAACAACUCCUUGAUGCUGCGGAAACAGCGGGCUUUCUGACCUUAGUCGACCAUGGUAUCACGGUCGACGAAAUCGAGAAGCAAUUUGCUCUCUCCAAGGCAUUCUUCGACCUGCCCGCCAAAGUCAAAAGCAAGACUCCUCAUGACACUAAGUCUAACAAUGGCUGGGAAUACAAGGCUCAACUGCGUCCGAGUACGGGAACAUACGACCAAAAGGAAUCUCUCUGGUUGCAACGAGGCUCGCAAUGGCCAAGUGAUGAGGACGUGCCUCACUUUAAAGAUACCACCACUGAGUUCCUAGAUAAGUGCGCCAAAGUUUCAAACCAAGUUUUAUCCUGCCUUGCCAUUGCUCUCAACUUGCCUGACGAUCACUUCCGUGUAGCCAAUGACCCUAACAAGCCUGAUUGCCUCACUCAGCUCCGUCUCAUUCAUUACCCAGCCUCCGAAAAUGCAGUGGGAACAUGGCGAGCAGGAAGCCAUACCGAUAUUGGCAUUCUGACGCUAUUGUUCCAGCGAGAGGGCGAAGACGGCCUGGAAAUUUGCCCUGGACGAGAGUCCCAUUCAAGCUUUGCCAUGGGAGACGUAUUUACCCCCCUGCCUGCUCAUACCGGUCCGAUAGUGGUUAACAUCGGAGACAUGCUGAUGGCUUGGUCUGACGAUCGUCUGAAAUCCAACUUCCAUCGUGUGCGCGCCAAAGACGUGGGCAAGUCGCCUUCACGGUACUCUAUAGCGUACUUCAAUCAAGGAAGACGGGACUUUGUUCUUCAGGGCCCAUUGAAGAAAUAUCCUCCCGUGACGGUGGAAGAAUACUUCAACCAAGCUGUCCAGAGGAACUUUGCAAGACAACAGGCUGCUACUGCUUGA